UCUAUCUUAAUUUCUUCUUUCCUUUUCCACCACCUUUGAUAAAAACGAAAAUAAACAAAGCCAGCCAAGACACCCAUCUGCUGUCCUUCUGGUUCGACCGUGUGGUAAACAUUUUGUUGUUAAAUAUUUAUUUUGUGGGGAAGAGAUAGCGAUCGAGCAGACGCGUUGGGGGAAUGAAGCCGGACGACGAGAUGGGGCCGGACUACCGGAGGUUCGAGGUCGAGACGGACGACGAGGAUAACGAGGCCCAGCACCACGACGACUCCCACCGGUCCUCUUCCUCCUCCCCCUCGGCCCACUCGUCCGAUUACUCCCGACAUCACGCUGGAGGGCCCAGCUCUUAUCAGCCCAGUUGGCCCCAGAGCUACAGGAAAUCUAUUGAUAUGUUUGCCAGCGUUCCGUCACCCAAAGUCGCGUUCCUGGCGGGGUCCAGCUUGGUUCGUGCGGGCAGCUCUUUCUUCACGGGUUCGAUGUUGGCCCCAUCAGCACCAGAGGAGGUGCCCCCUGUCACCAAGCCCCUCAUCCACCCCGGCUCAGACCAUCCUGGGCCUCCAGCCUAUACUCCCCUUCCUUCCACUCUAUCAAAGGGUUCCUUCGGGGGAUACUCCUACUAUGACUUGCCUCCCUCACCACAGUGCUCUACAGCUCAAGCAAUCCUCAAUGGAAUUAAUGUCCUGUGUGGAGUUGGAAUCCUUACAACCCCUUAUGCAAUCAAAGAAGGUGGAUGGUUGGGCAUGCUGGUGCUGUUUGGAUUGGGUGCCAUCUCAUGCUACACCGGGGUUUUGCUGAAGAGAUGCUUAGAUAGCUCCCCAGAACUCCAGACAUAUCCUGACAUUGGACAGGCAGCAUUUGGAAUGACUGGUCGUUUAUGGAUAUCGAUAGUCCUUUACCUAGAGCUUUAUGCAAGUUGUGUCGAGUACAUAAUUCUAGUGGGUAAUAGCUUAUCAUCAUUGUUUCCAGAUGCCCACGUAAAUUUCAUGGGGGUUGAUUUGAGUUCUCAGCAGCUCUUUGCUGUAACAACAGCCAUCAUGGUUCUUCCAACAGUGUGGCUCAGAAAACUUAGUUUGCUUUCGUACCUCUCAGCUGGUGGUGUGAUUGCAACUAUACUGGCUGUGAUCUGUUUGCUUUGGGUGGGUGUGGUAGAUCGAGUUGGGUUCCAUCCAGCUGGGACUGCACUGGAUCUUGCGAACCUUCCAGUAGCAGUAGGGUUAUAUGGCUUCUGCUAUUCAGGGCAUUCUGUUUUUCCAAACAUAUAUUCUUCUAUGAAGAUACAGGCACAAUUCCCAGCAGUUCUGAUUUUCUGUUUUAUCCUGUGCACCAUUCUGUAUGCUGGGGUAGCAGUGGCAGGUUUUCUGAUGUUUGGCGAGUCUAUUAAGUCUCAGUUUACGCUAAAUAUGCCUCAACAAUAUCUGUCCUCUAAAAUUGCUGUUUGGACUACGGUUGUAAAUCCUCUCUCGAAGUAUGCAUUAACCAUGACUCCAGUUGCACUGAGUCUAGAGGAGCUUUUGCCUUCGACUGAACAAUCUCAUUUGGUUGCAGUGUUGAUCAGAAUGGUUCUGGUUUUCUCAACAUUGUUUGUGGCACUGUUGGUUCCAUUUUUUGGAUUUGUAAUGGCAUUGCUUGGAUCUGUUUUCACAAUGUUAGUGGCUCUUAUUUUACCUUGUGCAUGCUAUCUCAGUAUCCAACGCAGAUCGGUAAAUUUUAUACAGGUUUUUGUGUGCAUUUCAAUUAUCAUGGUGGGAAUUGUUUGCUCGUGCUUUGGUUCAUACCACUCAAUCAAGCAGAUACUUGACCGUAAAGGGCAUUAGAUUUCUUGCGAGCAUUUACAUUAUUCAUUCAAGUGCUGAAGUGAGCCAAAGGUCUCAAGCUAUAUUUUCAUGCAAAAUUGUCAGAAACCAGCCAACAGCAAAUGAUAUAAAUGAAUUAGCAUCAAUCAAGUGGUAAUGAACCAAAUGGAACACAUAAACUACUUAAUCUGUAUGCUCCUUUCAUACAGGUCCCAAGAAUGAAGCAAUUCUUCGAUCCUGUAUACCAGUUUUUUCAUGAUGCAGGUAUUGGUUUAUUCAAGCUUGUCCAGCA